AUGCCGGCGGACGCAACACCAUCGAGUAGCGGAUCUGGCAACACAGUGACGCUGAAGACAACUGGAAGAGAAGGGACAGUCUCUCUUCAGUACCCGCUGCUCACAAAGAGCAACUACUCAGCAUGGGCGAUCAAUAUGAAGGUGUACAUGCGUGCACAAGGCGUAUGGGACGCCAUUGAGCCCACUGACCUCAAUGAUGAGGUAGAGACACGGAAAGAUCAGAUGGCUCUCGCAGCCAUCUAUCAAGCAAUCAGUGAGGAAACACUUCUCGUGUUGGCUGAGAAGGAGACGGCCAAGGAAGCAUGGGAGAUGUUGAAGACAAUGCACAUGGGCGCUGAGCGCGUCAAGGAAGCAAAAAUUCAAACUCUGAGAAAUGAGUUUGAAGGUCUUCGCAUGCAUGAAGUGGAGACGGUAGAUGAUUUUGGUGCAAAGCUAACCACCAUUGUCAAUAAGAUUCGUGCAUUGGGCGACAAGAUAGAUGAGGCCUAUGUUGUCAAAAAACUUCUUCGUGCAGUCCCUCCCAAGUUCCUUCAGAUUGCAUCCACCAUCGAACAAUUUGGCAAUCUCAACACGAUGGCAGUUGAGGAGGUCAUCGGAUCGCUCAAGACCCAUGAUGAACGAUUGCGGGGCUAUGGUGACAAUGAGGAAGAACAUGUCCUGUUGACGAGUGCAAAGUGGAAAGGGAAACAAGUGAAAGGAGAAGGAGAGAGCUCGUCCAAUUCAUAUAAAGGACGAGGAACUAGUAGUGGACGUGGUCAUGGCCGUGGGUGUGGCCGUGGUCGUGGUCGCGGGCACAGUGAAGGUGGUCGCUGGAAUGAGUCCAAUCAUCGUGAGAGAAAGUUUGACAAGAGCAAGAAGAAGGAUGAAAGGGCUUACUUGGCGGAGGUGCAAGGGGACGAUGAGGAACCAGCUCUCCUGGCGACAGAAAUUUGUGAGAUUGAGAAUCAUGCGCAGCUGGCAACAGAGGGAGUAAUGCUAUAUGAGGAGAAAGUGAAGCCAAAGCUUGAUGGAGAAGAAGAGGUGGUGCAUGAGAACACUGUUUGGUUUCUCGACACAGGAGCAAGCAACCAUAUGACAGGCUGCAAGAAGUGGUUUUCAGAACUUGAUGAGACUAUAACUGGCAAAGUCAAGUUUGGGGACGGCUCUGUCGUGGACAUUCAAGGAAAAGGCACUGUGAUGUUUCAGUGUCAAAAUGGUGAGCAUCGACUCUUUACAAGUGUUUAUUUCAUACCUAGGCUUCGUAGCAAUAUUGUAAGUCUAGAUCAAUUGGAUGAGAAUGGAUGCAUGACUGUGAUAGAAGAUGGAUGCCUAAUGGUGUAUGAUAGAUCUAGAAGGUUACUAGCAAAAGUGAGAAGAUCAAGAAACAGAUUGUAUGUCUUGAAUCUGAAAAAACUCAUUCAGUGUGUUUAA